AUGAAGGAAUCAGACUUGCCACCACAGUGCAAAAUAAUGUUGCCCCAGAGAUCCUACGCGGAUCCCAAAUAUUACUUCAACACCAAGACCCCCAGGGCGGCCAGAUGGUUCAACAGCAACCGCGACGUCGACAAUCUGACCACCCUGGGCGAGACCGAGACCGAAGCCUCACUACCGAAACCUCGAGUUUUCACCAGUGGAGCCUGUGUUCUCUCAAGCCUGCGACCCCGGCUUGCGAAUCACACAGACUCAACCGAAGAAAUCUCGACCUUUUCACCAGUGGAGCCCGUGUUCUCCCAAGCCUGCGACCCCGGCUUGCGAGUGAACAUGGCCAUGGGAGCUCGUGACUCCGAGGCCUGCGAUCCCGGCCUUACCCUCAAGUCUUGCAAGCAUCGAAUCGAACGAAUCGGGCGAAUCGAAGGAUAA